AUGUCUUCUAAUAUUUUGAGACGCAUCCUCACAAAUGCACGAGUUUUCUCGACCGGACCCCCUCCCACUUCCCGUUCGCCACGCCGCUACCUCAGAACACUAGCCCUUGGCGGUUCCGUUGCCAUCACCGGCUACACCCUUGGCGCCUUCUACCCGCACCCUUACAUUACCUUCAUCUCCCCCCGGCCAGCCCCAGCGCCCCCCGACCCUGAUUCCCCACAAUCAAUUAGAUACACCGCAACUCUCGAACAAACCCUACAAACCCUCCCACUCCUCACGUCCCACCGUGCUCAGCCCGACGCCCACGAGUGGUAUGAGAGCCGCCCUUAUGCUAAUUACCCAGAGGAGCUCCGCGUAAACAGCCUCACUGCAGGUGCACUUCGUGGCCCCGGAAAACUCGCGCUUCCACCUCUCGUACGCGCUAGGAAGGAUGAGAGUGAGGCUCUCGUCAUCGUGCAUGUAGGUCGGGGUGUGUGUGGCCAUGAUGGGAUAAUUCACGGUGGGCUACUGGCUACUAUUUUGGAUGAGAGUCUGGCGCGAACUGCGAUUAUUAAUUUACCAGAAAAGAUUGGCGUCACUGCCAACUUGUCCAUAAAUUAUCGCGCCCCGACCUUUGCGGAUCAGUUCAUCGUCGUCCGGAUCAGUUUAGUCGACAAGGCAGGUCGCAAAUCCAAGGUCACUGGCAAAGUAGAGGAUCUCAAAGGCAACUUACUGGUCGAAGCGCACGCAACUUUCGUUCAACCCAAAUAUGCCCACCUACUCAAGAGCAAGGCUGUUCAACAAAUGAUGGGCGACCCCGAACCUGCUAGAUCAACUCCCGUACUCCUCAGCGAGGGCAUGCCGCCUCCCCCAUCCAAGGCAUAG